AUGGGUUUAUUCGAUUUCCCCAUAGAAUUUAUAAUUCUAAUACUAGAUAGUCUUGAUACUCGAGAAUUAUUAAUAAUAGCUACUUUUGCCCCUUAUCUGACUAAAUUACAACUGGUAUUAAAUAAAAUUGAUGCAAGAUCAAUCGUAUUAAAAGUUGAAACAAUACCUCGCAAUCCAAUUUACAAUCCUUCAUUAGAAACAUUUGAUGAGUUAACUUUGUUUCAUAAUUCGAUCAACAUCACUAACAUACUUUAUGAAAAUUCUCUGGCUAUUUACUUUGAUACUUUGAAAUGGUUCAAUCAUACAAAUAUACACACGAUAACCUUACAAUUUGAAUUGAAUAUUGAAGAUGAUUUAAGUUGUAUAAAGAAUGCAGCUGAUAUUCCUUUGCAUUGGCUUAAGAAUAGUCCUGAUUUGAAUUCGAUUCAUAUUGGUGAGAGAUUCAAAAUUGAACAAGAGAUGGAUGAAUUACAAUUUAAUAAUUUAACCAACAUUACAUUUGAAAGUUGUGAUAGACAAUCUAGUAAAAUUUGGGCCAAGUUUCUCCUCAGACAUAAACAUCAAAUUAAACAGUUGAAAUUGAAACAUCAUUUAUAUCAUUAUGAUUUGAUUGCUAUGGAGAAUUUAACCAGAUUGGAAUUGGUAGCAUUUAAAUAUAACACUUUCCCUGUCCUUGCAAUUUUAAUGAAAAGAAAAUUAGAUGUAAUAGUCAAGGGAAGACCUUCAAGAUAUUUCGUUUCUCUUUGUUCAAGAGAAGAUGAAAAUAAAUCAUUCCCAAAUGUUACUUUAGCUGAAUUUGUCCCAAAUCCACAUAUUAUACAUUUUCUUGAAUCACGAUAUAACAUAAAAUUUAUUAAAAUCAAUAGAUGGGAAGACUUCCCUUACAAAUUACCUAAGUAGUACAAUCUCUCUCUAAUUACAUAAAUGAUUAAGGAUAUGGUUAGUUAACUUAGUAUUUGAAAAAUUAAUACUAGUUAUAAAUCAUGUGACAGCUCACAUGACGUGGAAUAUACUAGAAAGUUCUAGUUGAAAAAAAAAAUUAUUUUAUGUAGAGAUAUCUGAUGCGAUGAUUUACAAAUCAAUUACAUAUAUAUAUAUUUAUAAAUAUAUAAUUCACAAC